AUGACAAAAACUCAAGAAUUAAAUCCAAACUCUCCUGUUUUUGACCCUGUCAAAUUCUUGAAAAGAGAAAGAGACGCAUCCACUAUUAAAAAAGAUGAAAUCAACACUUUUUUGGAAUCAAACCCUGAAAAGAGAGAUUUAACUCAUCUAAUAAUCGAUCAAAUCGUCAAUGAUCCUGUAUUGAAAAGUGAUUCCGACUAUUAUGACCGUUCAAGACCUGAAGAAAGAGAAAUCACCGUUAGAAAAAUUAAUAAGAUGUCUUUGUACAUGGAACACGAUAUCAAAACUGUUCGUAAACAAUUCAGAGACAAAGAUUUGAUACAAGAAUUACAAGAAAAUUCAAACUCAAUCAGACCUUUGAACAACAAGGAUUUAUCUAUCUUUAACACUAGAUUAUCUUUGGUUCACAACAUUGACCCACAAUUAGGUACCCGUAUCGGUGUCCACUUGGGUUUAUUUGGUAACUGUAUUAAAGGUAAUGGUACCGAUGAACAAAUCAAAUAUUGGCUACAAGAACGUGGUGCUUUGUUCAUUAAAGGUAUCUACGGUUGUUUCGCAAUGACUGAAUUGGGCCAUGGUUCAAAUGUCGCUGGUUUGCAAACUACCGCCGUUUACAACCCUGACACUGAUACUUUCACCAUCAACACUCCAGAUUUAGCAGCAAGCAAAUGGUGGAUUGGUGGUGCAGCUCACUCUGCCACUCACUCUGCUGUAUACGCUAGAUUGGUCGUUAAUGGUAAGGACUACGGUGUGAAGACUUUUGUCGUACCUCUAAGAGAUGUCUCAACUUUACAAUUAUUGCCAGGUAUUGCCAUUGGUGACAUUGGUGCUAAGAUGGGUAGACAUGGUAUCGACAACGGUUGGAUUCAAUUCAGAAAUGUAGUCAUUCCUCGUGAAUUCAUGUUAUCUAGAUUCACUAAAGUUAUUAAUGAAAACGGUAAGGUUUCAGUAAAGACUGAACCAUUAUUGGAUUCGAUCUCUGGUUAUAGUGCCUUGUUAAGUGGUAGAGUUAACAUGGUUAUGGAUUCAUACAGAUUUGGUUCUAAAUUCGCAACCAUUGCUACUCGUUAUGCCGUUGCAAGACAACAAUUCGCCAGUGCUCCAGGUCAACCAGAAACUCAAUUGAUGGACUAUCCAUUACAUCAAUUCCGUGUAUUGCCACAAUUGGCUUUGGUCUACUUGGUUUCUCCAUCUGCUCACAAAUUGAUGAACACUUAUUACACAACCUUGGAUGAAUUGUACCAAUCUUCAUCUUCUAAUGGUCCUGUUGACAAAGCCUCUCUAGCUAUUGUUACCAAGAAAUUGAAGAAUUUGUUUGUUGAAAGUGCAAGUUUGAAAGCUACAAACACUUGGUUGAUUUCAGACUUGAUCGAUGAAUUAAGACAAACCUGUGGUGGUCAUGGUUAUUCUCAAUACAAUGCAUUUGGUAGGGGUUAUGAUGACUGGGUUGUCCAAUGUACUUGGGAAGGUGACAAUAACAUCUUGUCCCUAACCGCUGCUAAAUCCAUCUUAAAGAAAUUCGGUGACUCCGUCUCAAAAGGUAAGUUUGACAAAGUUUUGGAUUCCGAUGCUUUCAGCUACUUGGAACCAAGUUUCAUUUCUUCAGCUAUGUCAGGUAGUACCAAGUUCGAUCUAUCAGAUGAACCAAGCAAAUUGUAUCAAUAUACUGAAGUUUGGGGUGUCGCCUUGGUUAAAUUGUUGGCUCAUGUUGGUAAGUUGAUUAGACAAACCAAGAACAUUGACAAUGUCUCUAAGUUCUUGGUAUUGAUCUCUAAAUUCCAUGCCAUCCACUCUAUGUUGAAGGCCUACUACGAAAAGCUUUCCUCUCCAACCGAUUCAUAUGUCAGUGACAAAGCUACUAAAGAAGUCUUAUGGAGCUUGUACAAAUUGUUCUCUCUAUACUUUAUUGACAAGUUUUCUGGUGAAUUCCAACAAUUCAAGACAUUUAACUCUGACCAAAUUGCCAAGAUUCAAGACAAGCUAUUGACCAUCUUGCCAGAAAUUAGAAAGGAAUGUAUCCCAUUGACAGACAGUUUUGAAUUGCCAGAUGGUAUGUUAAACGCACCAAUUGGUUACUUCGACGGUGAUAUCUACAACAACUACUUCAAUGAAGUCUUGAAGAACAACCCAAUCGAAGCUGACGGACCAGGUAAGCCACCAUACCAUAGUUUGUUAAGUGGUAUGUUAGGCAGAGGUUAUGAAUUUGAUGCACGUCUAGGAGGUGCAGCAAAAGCUGAAGUCUUGUCAAGAUUAUCCAAGUAG